GUUGAACGUGUGUGUGUCUCCAGUGUGAUGUGUGAGUUAUUUAUGUCUUUUUCUCUGUCUUCAGGUGUAUGACACUCCUCCCAUGGUGGUGAAGGGGCCAUCUAGUGGCCAUUUUAUAUAUGACACCCCAGCAAGCACAGACAAGAACUCACAGCAAAUGGUCUAUGACUUCCCCCCGUCUGUCAGUAAAGACGUCCCUGAUGCUCAGCCAGUCAGAGAGGAGACCUAUGACGUACCACCCCACUUUGCCAAACUCAAGCCACAAGUACCCGUCCCUCCUGGCCAGUACCUGCACAACAACCUCAACGAUGAUGAUGAGCCACCGAUACCAGAGGACGUGUACGACGUCCCACCCCCCAUUCUGACUGAAAAGCAUUAUCAUGCAGAAAGGGGCGGAGUCAGCCAGGCCCCCCAGGAAAUCUAUGACAUCCCGGCCAGCCUGCGGACUGGAGGUCCCCCCACCCAGGAUGUGUACGACUUUCCUCGGGAACGAGAGGAGAAAGGAGACCAAUAUGUCUACGAUGUCCCACCACAGGUUGUGCGUGAUGCCCAGUCCACCAGUGAGGAGCUGACCUUCAAGCGGCUGUCUGCCUCGAGCACUGGAAGCACACGGAGCAACCACUCUGCUUCGUCCUUGGACAUGGUCCCUGUCCGUGACACCUCCUCUUCCUCCUCACUUUCUGCUCCUGGCUCCACUCCAGCGAAACCCCUCAUCUUGGACCUGGAGCAGGCCAUGGAGCGUCUGACUCGUCUCCAGCAAGCUGUUGAGUCCAGCGUUUCCCUCAUGAUGUCAUUCAUCACAGGUAACUGGAGAAGCCCUGCUCAACUGGAAGGGAACCUCCCAGCCAUUCAUCAGGCUGCUGACCGGGUACGCGUCACUGUCCGAGACUUCCUAGAAUUUGCCCGGGGCGCUGUGGCGAAUGCGGCCCAGGCCACAGACCGCUCUCUGCAGACCAAACUGGGCCGUCAGGUGGGGAAGAUGGAGGAGGUCUUCCAGAGUUUGGUGCGACACAGUCAGAGCUUAGAUGGCCUUUCCUGGUCGCACACGGCGCUCACAGCACCGCCACCAGGAGGGGAUGACUUAGAUCGACUAAUCAUGACGGCACGAGGAAUCCCAGACGACGCCAAGCAGCUCGCCUCCUUUCUGCAUGGUAAUGCGUCUCUGCUCUUCAAGCGGACCACCCGGCACCAGCAGCAGCUGCCACUUCCUCCAAUUCCAGGGGAGAUCAGUGGUCACAUGACAGGAUCAGGAAGUGGUAGCUAUCAGGGAGGGGAGAAGGUGAACAUUCAGUUGCGGCCCCUCCCCUCUCCGCCAAAGUUUACAGCUGCAGAGGAAGAGGAAGGUGUGGACAGGCCAUAUGAGACCACAGAGGAAGGCUGGAUGGAGGACUAUGACUACGUACAUUUACAGGGAAAGGAAGAGUUUGAAAAGAACCAAAAACAGCUGCUGGAGAAAGGCAACAUCAUCAGACACAAGACACAACUGGAACAGCAACAGAUUAAACAGUUUGAGCGGCUAGAGCAGGAAGUCAGCCGGCCAAUCAACAAUGACAUGACUGGCUGGGUCCCGUCCCCGCACCACCCUCUGGCCAACCACUUGGCCCAGAACGGCUCUGGAGCCCUCACCUCGUCCAAACUGUGCAACGGCGACCGGCAGCUCCUCCUCUUCUACCAGGAGCAAUGUGAGCAGAAUGUCACCACGGUGACCAAUGCCAUCGAUGCCUUUUUCACCGCCGUCAACUCCAACCAGCCACCCAAGAUCUUUGUGGCGCACAGCAAGUUCGUCAUCCUCAGCGCGCACAAGCUGGUGUUCAUUGGCGACACACUGUCACGCCAGGCCAAGUCUCCUGACGUGAGGGCCCGGGUGGCCCAGAGCAGCAACACCCUUUGCGAAAAACUCAAAGACAUUGUGAUCAGUACAAAGACAGCUGCUCUUCAGUAUCCUUCCCCUGGAGCAGCCAGAGAGAUGACUGAGAGGGUAAGGGAGCUGGCAGGGUGUACGCAGCAGUUCAGGAUGGUGCUGGGACAGCUGCUGGUGAUGUAGGGGGAGUGGGGGGAGGAGUGCUGCCCUGUACACCCUUCCAGUGUGAGGUUGGAGACCCUGCGUGCCUCGACAGGAUGAGGCUUUCCAUCACUUAUGCGCUUGACAUGUAGCAUGAGAAACCCUGUGUGGCCCUGGGUCCUGGGGGUCUGGCACCCUGUCUGGGAACGGGGACACUGACCUCACUUCCAUCCUCUGCUCUUUCCCUACCUUGCCUUUCACUGGGACCGUUCUUCCCUCAUCCCUCCUUCCUCUGUGUGCUUUUUAAUCUAGACAAACUAAAAGGAACAUUUUAUCUUCAGUGGGCUGGGCCAAUGGUUGUAAAAUAAUCAUUGUAAAUAUUUAAGUCACCUAUUCAGUCAGAAAACCAGAAAGAGAAAGACUUAAGAACUUCUAGUAUAUAAAUAUAAAUAUAUGGUUCUCUUUUUUUUGAAGAAAGAAAAGAUGGAAACACAAGUGUAGUUUUUAGACUAUAUCAAUAAUUGCUAUUAUUAUUGCUAUACCGUAUAAUUAUGACUCUGAUUCUUGAUCCUUGUAUCAUUAUUGUUAUGGAUGUGUAAAUUCCAGAUAUGUAUGACUGUAUGUUGUAGUAUGUCUAUGCUCUUCUCCAUCCACUAAAACACUGGAGCACACACCCGUCUUUAAACUUUAAACUAUCCACCAGUUCAGGCAACACUGCUGCCAAAAGAUGUCCACGUAACUGUACAGUUCCUGUGCUGCAGUUAUUAAAGAUGAUCUCAGUGCCAUGUCAGUUGCUUUUUUGGAAAACUAUACGUAGGUUGUUUUGUAAGAGGCAUGUAUUAAAGAAAAGGAGUGUAAAAUGUUAAAAACUACAAAUGAAAUUAAAGAUGCGUUCAUUCUUUUCACUGA